AUGUCGACCAUCACUGUCUCCAAGGCCGUCGCGCACAUCAACGACGCCACCCUCACCUCCCUCUCCGAACGCAUCGCAUCCACCCAGACCCUCCUGGAGCUGCACGAGAAGAUCCGCAAGAACCACCAGACCGCCUUCAAACGCCACGUCAAGAACGCCUCCAACAGCCUCGACAACGGUGGUUCCCCAGACACCUUGAUCCAGAUGGAANAGGGCAUCGAGAUCCAGAAGAAGAUCUGCGAUGAGACUGACGAAAUGGCUAAGUACGCUAGAGAGCUUGUUGAGUUGCUUGAGCAGAGACAGAAUGUCAUUCGUGGUUUCUUGGGCGGCAACGAGCAGGAGGUGGACCAGAUGGUUUCCUAG